AUGGCUCCACCGUCAAGUACAAGAAAGUCUAGGCAGACGGCCAACCCCAAGCAAUCCGGUAGGGCCGUGGUGCCUGCCAUCCCUUUGCCUCAUGUCAGACGCCAGGCUGCCGCGGCCGAUGCCAAACCUCCAAGUACAUCGUCCUUGACAGCGAAAACCGAUCAAGCUGUUGAGGCAAACCCGCCGAAGGCUGAGUCACCACGGAGCUCAGCUAGUGGCUCGGUCCAUCUGGUCUCUGAUCCAGCUAAGCCAAAGUCCGCUGGCUCAGAUGUUGUUUCAGACAACUCGUCGCUCGCCGAGAAAUCGGUGUCGAAGGGUGCCGAGAACUUGCGCGAUACUACCAAUACGGAGCGCUCCCUACCUCUUCAUACCAAGAUGCAAGCAGAUGUCUCCCAGAAAGCAGGUGUUGAUGGGCAUGCGAAUGGAGUAGGCCAAAACCAGCAGAUGUAUGCAGACGAAGGAAAGCCAAACUCUGGAUUCACGAUGCCACGCCCACUCCCGCCAGUCUCACCGGCCCGUUACCAGCAGCCUCCAGGCUCUCAGACCAGGCAUAGGCACCCUACUCGAACCGCCAACGGGGCCGCUCAAGGAAACCUUUCGCAGGAUCACAUCAAUAUUGCCCAAGUCCACCUUGGAAACGGUAGCGCACAUCUUGGAUCCUUUGGUGGCUCGACCAGCUCUUCUCCAGCACCUCAUUUCGGAGGCAUAGCCCCUCCACCCGGAAUGCAUCCCCCAAACGGAAUGCAGCCCUUUGUCUCUCCAGACAGGGCCAACUUUCCUCUGGGAUUCGCCCCUGGAAGAAGCCCUCUGCCACUAGCUGGCUUCAACAACCAUGGCCGACCGAACAUAGCCUUUAGCCCCCUGGACCCGAACCAGAAUUAUCACUCGCCCACAACUCACGCUUACCAGGAUUCCCAUUCGUCGAUGACUCAAGAAGAUGGCCUCUCGUACCAACAAGCCCCGCCUAAUGGUGUAUCUACUCUUGUAGAUGGCAUCCAUCCGAUCGAUGCUCAGGGAAGAGCCUUUGGUGAUCAUGCCGGAUUGCUUCCCCAUUACAUGCCGCCCCCUGGCAUGAUUUCUCAUGCCGAUGAAGCUGAAGGCCUGAUAAUCCUUGCGCAGCAACACUUCGGUUCUCCUGAGUUCGCUGACUGCCUCCUCGAGGUCCGGCACCUCAAUGGAAUUCCCAUGCCAAGAGGGAUUCCGGCCCAUCGUCUAGUUUUGUCGCGCAGCCCCAUACUGAAGGAUCUAAUUCAUGCACAGAAUCUGCGACCUGGCCCAAUGGACCAAACCUGGUUCCAGCCCCUUGUAAUAGAGACAGAUAACCGCUGGAUCCGGGCCGAUUCUUUCCACAUCGCUGUUCAGAACAUUUAUGGCUAUCCGCUUUUCCAGGCUCCUCGUCCGAAUCGAGGAAUGGACUCGGAGGAUACCACUGUUGCCGGAUCAUUGGCUGAAAGAUUUCGUUUCGCCUUGUCCUAUGCAGCUGCUGGACACAUUCUGGGAUGGGGUCCUGUAGUUCAGCGCGGAUGCGAUAUUGCAGCCCAGCUUCUAGACGCUACGACAGUUGAGAAAGCUUUGGAGUUCGCCCUCGAGGGUUAUUGCGACAAAGGCGCGUAUGAAGAAUUCAAAUAUGGAAAUGGCUCGAGAGCCUUACUCCAUGCGACUGUGAUCUUUAUCGUCAACAACCUUCAUCCAAUGUUCAGUCUCGAUACCUUGGUUACAAUCGACCCUAGCACGUACGCCCGCUUGCCUUUCGAUUCAGCAUCUGCUCCCAAGGCAGCUUCGUCUCCUGUGGACUCUCCGGUCAUUGCUCGCGGAAGUUCUGUCACGCAUUUGGCCAAGGGUGUGCACGCUAGGAGCCAUCGGAGCAUUCAAUUCGGCGACUUUGAUGUCCCUGGUGGCCAGUCACCUGAUAUCCAGCGGAGCAAUGAUGGCCAUCGGCAAGCUUCGGACACUCUCCUCUCUCGUUUGUUGCUCAACCUUCCAUUCGGAUUCCUCAAGAUGUUAAUUGAGGGUGGACCUGAGACAGGCCGUGGUUGGACAAAUCCGGGAACAUGGUAUCGACUUGUUCAGGAGAUUGUAGGGGAACGGGAAGCUCGCCGACUGAGAGCACUUGAGGCUGUCAUCUCUGGCAAUGUACCAGAUAGUACCCUCAUUCAAGAAAGCCUACGAAGCCCUGAGCCCCGCAUUCCCGUAUGGAGUGCUCUGGGAUGGCACGAAGAAAUUUCUACGCGUGGAAACACUGACGGCCUCUUCCUCAGCCGUCAGUGGACACCACUGAAGAGCGCCCCAAGUGGCAACGGAGCAGAAUUCCCAUGA